ACACCCCUAUUCCCACUCGCAAGGAUGUUCUCUCUGUCUGCACGUACCUCUGCCUUGCGCUCCGCAUCGCGCACUUUCUCAACCACUCCUUCCCGUUCUGCCGAUGUUGCAAAAUUGAUGCUCAUAGGCCGUCUGGGAAAAGAUCCCGAGCUCCGCUCCACGAAAAACGACAAAGAAUACGUUCAGUAUACUGUUGCAACCACGAACUUCCCGCCACCAACACCCAGCGCUGACGGCUCACGCGGUGAGGCUAAGACAACAUGGCACACAGUUUUGUCCUUCAACCCUGGUGUCAACAACUACCUGCAAAGGUUGAAAAAGGGGUCUCAAGUGUUUGUCGAGGCCAACUUCGAGCUUCGCGAGCCCGACCCCAAUGCAGACCCCGACACCCCGCAGGGGCAACGCCAAAUCUUCUUACGGCAUGAAACUAUUCGGGUGUUGAAGACGCCGAGAGACGUGAGCGAGUCUUCGCGGGAGGAGGAGAGCGAGUCUUAGGUCGAGAAUCCACCUUUACAUUAUGCUUUCCGUUGGAGUGCUGAGGUCUUAGAUACUAAUACACCCCUCAUCCUAAUAUACGCAGCAGACCUAGCGAUCGCGCUCGUCGUU